AUGGGGAAAGGGGGUGAGAAAGGAGGGGAGGCGGGGGAGCCGGGGGCGCAGAUCCCCUUCUACACCUGGGAGGAGAUCCAGAAGCACAACCUGCGGACGGACAAGUGGCUGGUGAUAGAGCGAAAGGUCUAUAAUGUCACCAAGUGGGCAAACAGGCACCCGGGGGGGCACCGAGUGAUCAGCCACUGCGCCGGCGAAGAUGCCACGGAUGCAUUCCAGGCGUUCCAUAUCAAUCCCACCUUGGUGCAAAAGUUUCUCAAGCCGUUGCUUAUUGGAGAGCUUUCUCCAGGGGAACCUAGCCAGGACCGAGAUAAAAACUCCCAGCUGGUGGAAGAUUUCCGGACCCUGAGGAAGACAGCAGAGGACAUGAACUUGUUCAGAGCAAAUCCUUUGUUCUUCUCCCUUUACUUGGGCCAUAUUAUUGCAAUGGAAGUUUUGGCGUGGUUAAUGGUUUCAUACUUCGGUACCGGCUGGAUCACAACUCUCAUCCUUGCCUGCAUCCUCACAACUUCCCAGGCCCAGGCAGGGUGGCUGCAACAUGAUUUUGGACACCUGUCUGUCUUUAAGAAGUCUUCCUGGAACCACAUUGUCCACAAGUUUAUCAUUGGACACAUGAAGGGUGCCUCUGCAAACUGGUGGAACCAUCGUCACUUCCAACACCAUGCCAAGCCCAACAUAUUCAAGAAGGACCCAGAUGUCAACAUGCUGCAUAUUUUUGUCCUCGGAGAUACACAGCCUGUUGAGUAUGGCAAGAAGAAGCUGAAGUACCUGCCUUACAACCACCAGCACGAGUACUUCUUCCUCAUCUUCCCGCCUCUGCUCAUCCCUGUGUAUUUCCAAAUCCAAAUCAUCUCGACCAUGAUCAGGCGCAGGUUCUGGGCGGACCUAGCCUGGGCCAUCAGCUACUACAUGCGCUACUUCAUCACAUACAUCCCAUUCUAUGGCGUUCUGGGAUCCCUGUCUCUCCUCACUUUUGUCAGGUUUCUGGAGAGCCACUGGUUUGUGUGGGUCACCCAGAUGAAUCACAUUCCAAUGGAAAUUGAUUGUGAGAAGCACAGAGACUGGCUAAGCUCUCAGGUGGCAGCCACUUGCAAUAUUGAGCAGUCCUUUUUCAACGACUGGUUCACCGGGCACCUGAAUUUUCAAAUCGAACACCACCUGUUUCCAACAAUGCCACGGCACAAUUUCUGGAAGGUGAAACCUUUGGUGAAGUCAUUAUGUGCCAAGUAUGGAGUCCAAUAUGAAGAGAAGCCUCUUGGAAAAGCAUUUGUAGACAUCGUUGGGUCCCUAAAGAAAUCCGGAGAACUGUGGCUGGAUGCUUACCUCCAUAAGUGA